AUGUCGCAGCUGAUUUUGUACAUUUUUAUUUUGCUCUUUGCCAAGGCAUACAUGCUCUUAACACCCAAAGCUUACGAUGCCCGCUUGGUGUCCUUCAUCUCGUUGAGUGAAGGCGGUGUUUGGGAUGUCAGUAAAGUGCGCAUCGCAGGACGGGAGCGCAAGUUGAAUGGAUCAAUCAGCAUACUGGAAGAUCUGGACGAUGAGCAGUUCUCCUUCUACGCUGAGGCAUACACCGAUCGAGAGGGUAGUGGCAGAUACAAGAAGCUUCCCUACACCAUGCCCAUGACACGCAUCUGCAAGGGCUUCAAGAUGUAUCUACCAUACUUUGCGGACAGUGCCAAGGUCGGUGUGAACAUUGAUUUUCCCGUCGAUGAUCCGCCAUGUCCCUUGCCAAAGGGCACUUAUUAUCUAAAGGACAUUCUGCUGAACACGUCCAAGUGGCCGUCCCUCAUGCCACGAGGUUACAUGAAGGGCGUGGCGUAUUUCUUCAAGAAUGGCGAAAAUGCCGGUGUUCUCCAGGUAACUACCCAUGUGGUGGAUCGAGAUUAG